AUGACUUCUGAACCUACCUGGAAUGACUCGAAUUACAGCCAGCAAUUUCCUAAGAAGAUAACUGGGCAACAUUUGGUGGCAUAUUUCGGAAUUACGGAACUGCUUCAAAACACAAUCGAUGGCCCAACACUGGACGCAGAUGAUGGUUUUGGCCGGACGCCACUUUCAUAUGCUGCGGUUAAGAACGGACAUGAAUCUGUGGUGAAGUUACUACUUACCAUGAGUAGUGUUGACAUCAAUGCGGGAGACGAUCACAAUCAGACGCCACUAUGGUGUCACGAUCAAACUCCAAUUUGGUGGGCAGCGAGAAAUGGGGAUGUCGAAGCUGUGAAACUACUUCUUGAAAAGGGGAAAAUAAACGUCAACCUGAAGGAUAAAUAUAACCACUCACCACUGGGGCGAGCUGCUCAGAGGGGACAUGAUACGGUAGUCCAACUUCUGCUUACCAAAGAGAACGUUGAUAUAAACUCUACAGAUCAUUACGGCCAUACGCCACUGCUACUCGCUGCCAGAUAUGGACAUGCAUCUGUAGUCAAACUUCUUCUUGACUUCAGUAAUGUGGAUAUCAAUGUUAUGGACGAGAGCGGCAAAAAUGCACUUUUAUGGGCCGUUAAAAAUGGACAUGAAGAUGUCGUCGCCCUUUUGCUUUCUGACGCCAACGUCAACGUCAAUGUCAAAGAUCUUAACGAUCAGUCGCCGCUAUUAUAUGCAACAAUUUAUGGAUAUGAAGCCAUAGUGCAAAAAUUGCUUGCAACUGAGAAAAUUGAUGCCAACGCCAAGGAUAGCUAUCAUCAGACUGCUCUUCUAUUUGCAAGCGAGAGAGGGCAUAGUCAAAUCGUUAGGAUGCUACUUGACCAUAAAGACAUCGAUGUUCAUGCCACUGAUCGAAUCAAUCAGACACCAUUGUGGUGGGCAGCUGCGAGUGGAAACGAAGCUGUGAUCAAAUACCUCCUUGACAAAGAAGGGGCGGAUAUAAACGCUAAGAACGCAUUUCAACAAACGGCAUUGCUUUGGGCAGCCCGCUACGGCAAUGAGAAUACGGUUGAGCUACUACUCACUGUGCCUGGCAUUGAUGUCAAUACCAAAGAUAGAGAUGGGCUGACGCCACUUUGGUGGGCAACCAAGAAGGUAUACAAGGCAGUAGUUCAACUGCUCCUUUGUAAUGAGAACGUGGAUGUCAACAUCAAGAAUGGAUCUGGUCAAUCACCACUUCUGUUUGCAACCCAAGAGGGUUAUACUGCAAUAAUGGAACUCUUGCUUACAAAGGGUGGUAUCGAUGUUAAUGUCACAGAUAAAAAUGGGCACACACCUCUGACAGUGGCAAUGCGAUACUCUACAGGAAACAGAUUUUCAAUCGCUGAAGAAGAAGAAGACAACAGAAAGCGAGGGGACUAA